UCAUUCAAGACAUGUCAAACUCUACCAUGAUUUCAAAAGCACCACAGUGGUGCUUGGUAAUUUUGUUUGUUCCCAUCGUCACAAUUCUCGGGUCGCGUCUCUACCGAAUUUUGAGAGUUGGAUCGCCGACUCGCAACAAUAAAGCCAUAAAACUACCUUGGCAGACUACGACCCUUUUACUCUUGAUGACGUCUCUCUCGCCCUCGCCCAAGUACCUCAUCCGUACCAAUCACUAUUUACAGCGCAAGCUAUCUUCAACAUCUGGUGCACGGCAUUUGCGAAGCUUUCGGUCGUUUCGGAUCUUCAUUUAAUCUCAACUGAAGCCCUUAAGCCUAUGCUAAACGUUCUCAUCGUUGUUU